UCCAGCGAGGGGGGUGGACGCCGCCCCGCCGGCCGCUGCAGUAGCCGCGUCAGGUGAGUGCGGGCGCCGCAGAGAUUGAGGCGUCACGGCUGCGGCAGGAGUCCGAGCCAAACUCUCAGCGCGGCCCUGAGCGUCCCAGGAAGGAAGGGACGGCCGGGCACUCGCCGAGGGGGCGCCGGCGCCGAGCAGCCAGCAGUCGCCCUUCUCGAGUCGCGCCGAGCGUGGCACGCAGGCGACCCCCCCCCAGGGUCCGGUGACCCCGAAGGAGCCGGUCGAGCGCACACUUGCUGACGGACGAGGGUGGGAGAGAGCGCGGAGCUGCGAGCGACCCCAGCGCGAUGAGCGGCGAGGGCGGCUACAACUUCAGGCGGGCGGCUAUACGGCGGAAGUCCAAUCCCUUCUACCUGCCGCUGGGGACCCCUCGGCCCUGGAGACCCGCGUCACACGUGGGACGGCCCGAGACGGCCACCUUCAGGAGCCAGGCACCUGCGGACGGCCCAGAUUCCCAAAUAGAGGUCCAUGGAGAAGUCAGCUUUCCCAAGAUCUUACAGCAAGUCACUGGCUGUUCCUGCUCACCGAGUUCCAGUUCUGUGCCAAGCAGCAGUACCUGUCCAAAGAUCACUAUAGUUCCACCUUGUUUGAAGAGAAGCACAACCCCACAGGUUGAUCAGAAUGUAUGUAAUGAAGAGGCUCAGGGAAUAAAUGGAAAAACGCCAGCGAAACACUCAGCUGCAAGUCCAAAGCCACAAGUGCCUCCAAAGCCAUUACAUCUGCAGAACUCACCUUUGUCCAAUAGACACCAAACCCCCAGGCAUAAAGCUUUAUCUAGUGAGAAACCAAGGAUGGAGGAAGUUAAACCUGCCUCUGCUUCUUGUGUCUCAAAAGAAAAACCCAGUAAGGUAUCAGAUCUCAUCAGUCGCUUUGAAGGAGGCAGCGCAUUAUCAAAUUACAGUGAUUUGAAGAAAGACUCUGGUAUGAACCUGAAUGUUCCUAGAACCCCAGGAAGGCAUGGACCGACAGCCACCCCUCAGCAAAAGCUCCUCUCCCAGCACCCACCACCGAAGCCAGAAAAUGGCGCAGAUCCAACUCAGGGUGUACAGGCUGGUGUGGCUAAUGGUGUGAUGGCAGCACAAAACCAGAGGGAAUGUGAAGAGGAUAAAGUGGCCACUCUUAGCCCAGAAACUCCAGUUCAAACUUCUGACCCCUUGCUUGCUGUGAACUUAGUGAACGGAGAAGGAGAGGAGGAAGCAACCACAGGCCCUGCAUCCCCCACAGCAAAUGACUAUGAUGGAAAUGCUUCUGACAGUAGCUGCAGGACUCCCAGGGUCAGCCAGGUGCUCCCCUUGGAAGAAGAAAGGGCAGACACAGAAGCCAAGGUGCAAGAGCGGGAAGAUGGAGAAAGUCCUCUGGAACUGGACCAGCUGGACCAGCACCACGAGAUGAAGGAAACGAAUGAGCAAAAACUUCACAAGAUAGCCAAUGAACUUUUGCUUACAGAAAGAGCUUACGUCAACCGACUCGACCUCUUAGAUCAGGUAUUUUACUGCAAAUUAUUAGAAGAAGCAAAUCGCGGCUCAUUUCCAGCAGAGAUGGUGAAUAAAAUCUUUUCUAAUAUUUCAUCAAUAAAUGCCUUCCAUAGUAAAUUCCUAUUGCCAGAGCUGGAAAAACGAAUGCAAGAAUGGGAAACAACCCCUAGAAUUGGUGACAUCCUUCAGAAAUUGGCACCAUUCCUUAAGAUGUAUGGAGAAUAUGUGAAGGGAUUUGAUAACGCAAUGGAAUUGGUUAAAAACAUGACCGAGCGUAUUCCCCAGUUCAAAUCAGUAGUUGAAGAAAUUCAGAAACAGAAGAUCUGUGGGAACUUGACUUUGCAGCAUCACAUGCUGGAACCCGUUCAGCGAAUUCCCCGGUACGAGAUGCUUCUGAAGGACUACCUAAGGAAAUUGCCCCCUGAUUCUCCGGACUGGAAUGAUGCUAAAAAAUCACUUGAAAUUAUAUCUACAGCAGCAAGCCAUUCUAAUAGUGCAAUAAGAAAAAUGGAGAACCUAAAGAAACUCUUAGAGAUUUAUGAAAUGUUGGGAGAGGAAGAAGACAUUGUAAAUCCUUCAAAUGAACUAAUAAAAGAGGGACAGAUCCUCAAACUAGCUGCUCGGAACACAUCGGCACAAGAACGCUACCUUUUCUUAUUCAACAACAUGUUGCUAUACUGUGUACCAAGAUUCAGCUUGGUGGGCUCUAAAUUCACGGUUCGAACGAGGGUUGGCAUUGAUGGAAUGAAAAUCGUGGAGACUCACAAUGAAGAAUAUCCGCACACUUUCCAGGUAUCUGGGAAGGAGAGAACGCUAGAGCUGCAAGCCAGUUCUGAGCAAGACAAAGAAGAAUGGAUCAAGGCUCUUCAACAGACCAUUGAUGCUUUCCAUCAGAGGCAUGAGACCUUCAGAAAUGCAAUUGCAAAGGAUAACGACAUGCACUCAGAGGUUUCUACUGCUGAACUAGGGAAAAGAGCUCCAAGAUGGAUCCGAGAUAAUGAAGUAACAAUGUGUAUGAAAUGCAAAGAGUCCUUCAAUGCACUGACAAGAAGAAGGCAUCAUUGCCGAGCAUGUGGACAUGUGGUUUGUUGGAAGUGUUCUGAUUACAAAGCUCAACUUGAGUACGAUGGUGGAAAAUUAAACAAAGUUUGUAAAGACUGUUAUCAAAUAAUAAGUGGAUUCACGGACAGUGAAGAAAAAAAAAGAAAAGGAAUUUUAGAGAUUGAAUCGGCAGAAGUAUCUGGAAACAGCAUAGUGUGCAGCUUUCUUCAGUAUAUGGAGAAGUCAAAACCUUGGCAGAAAGCUUGGUGUGUGAUCCCCAAACAGGACCCUCUUGUGCUGUAUAUGUAUGGUGCCCCCCAGGACGUCCGAGCCCAGGCCACCAUUCCACUCCUCGGCUAUGUGGUGGACGAUAUGCCAAAGAGUGCAGACCUGCCCCACAGUUUCAAACUGACCCAGUCCAAGUCUGUGCACAGCUUUGCUGCAGACAGUGAGGAACUGAAACAGAAGUGGCUGAAAAUCAUCUUCUUAGCUGUCACAGGUGAAACACCAGAUGGUCCCAACAAGCAUCCAGCCACCUUGGAUGAUCAUCCCGAACCUAGGAAAAAGUCAGAAUGCUGAACUCCAGGACCACCGAUGAUGUGGAGGUCUCAAGAUUUACAGCUCAAGACAUUCCCAGCCCUCCUUACUCAUCUCUUAGCACUUUAUGUUGAAAAUAUAGGCUCAUAAAUGCAUCUUUUGGGGACUAUUUUCCUAUGUUUCUGUACUGUUAGUGAAACUGAUGUGCAGAGCCAUUCUACCGAUAAAAGUUUGAAAUAAUGUGAAAAUAGAGCAUUUUUUAAUGAGCUAUUCCUUGCAUAUGUACUUUUGUCUUGAAGAAAACAGUAUCAAUGGGUUCUAUCACUAUCAGGUUAGAAUAAGCCACUUCCAUCUAAGGUCCUUUAUGUCUUCUCCCUCACAGGUAGGACUUGUAACAGUUUGAAAAAUAUACCUCCAUGUUGCCAAAAUAGAUCCAUGGUUAAAAAAGAAAAAAAAAUUACAGGGACAGUUUAGGCUAUUGUAUUAACUUAUUUAAUUUAGUUUAUGAAGCUCAAGCUGCAUAAAUAAUGUAUGUUCUUUUAAAACAAAAAGGACAACUUGUUGGUGUUCAAACUUUCAACUUAUUAAGAAAAGAUAGUACUUGUUUUUGUAGAAAUAUUCCUAAGAAGAAAAUAUCUCAAGUAUAUAGCAAUUAUGUGUAUAUAGUAUUAAAUAUGAAUAUAAUUAUAUUAUACAUGUUUUUCUCUUCAGCUUUAGGUUCAUAUUUGUCUCUAAUUUAUUUUUUAAAUAUAAAGCAUGUUUUAUCUUGAAAUUGAACAAUGUUCUAAACUUCAGAAAUGUUUUUGGUGAUUUAUGUUUAACUGAUUGACAUCUAAGGGUAUUGAUAUUUUUAUAAUAAGAAAAAGCAGUAAUUUAUGUGGCAUGGGAUAUAUUAGUUCCAACAGUAUUUUUAAAGUACUAUUUUUUCGUUCUGUGCCUAUUUAAAACAGUGCCUCUCUUUGAAGGUGCUAAUAAUACCUAUUUAAAUAUAUAAUGAGGGUUUAAUUAAUGCUUCAGUCUUGAUUAUUCUGAGAUAAUACACUUUGGCCACUGGGAUGGUGGAAGUCACGCAGGUUAUUUUACCUUUCACAGUCCUGCAAUUGUUGUAGCAGUUAAUAUCAGCAUGUGCAAAAAUGUUCACAGAAACGUGAGCCGUACAAGAUCCCUGACUUUAUACAGAACUGGGACACAUGGAAACUACAUUUAUUGUAAUGUUUUUCUUUUCCAUAAGACUGUUAAGCAUGGUCAAAUGAGGACUAUAUAUAGUUAACACUUAAGAUAACUGUGUGGGCCUAUUCCUUUGUCAGAUGGGAAAUGAAAUUCACGUGUGAUAACCUGUGUCUGAGGGGUAGGUAGAUAGAUAUUAGAGGAAGUUUAUGCUCAACUCUUCUAACCACCUUAGUGAAGAAGAGGAGAAGAAAACAAUAAUCAAAAGCAAUAUUUUAAUGGCAGAUUUGGGAGGUACAAGAUAUUUGAAGAGAGUCUGAGCAUUUUUUUCAAACCCUGUCAACUGGGGAAUUUUUAAUAGUCAAAACAUGAUUUCUUGUCACAAAGGCUGCUCUUCAUUAUAUUAUAUUGUGGUUGUGAUUAAAAUCUCACAUUAAGUUGGCUAUUUAACUUAAUCUUUUUCUCCAAUUAGUUUUUCCCCCCAUUUAUCCUGUUAUGCCCCAGACAUUAUCACUUUCAAAUGCCUAAGUCUGCUAGAAAUCCACAGGAACGACCCCACUAUCUUGGCCUUUGCGAAUUAUACCUUAAGUGUAGAAUGGAUUUACUCAGAAUUUGAGACAGCCACACAUUUAUUCAGGCCUGUCAUUUUAAGAAGUAUUUGAAGUCUCUCCUUUUCCCCCCCCACUCCAAAGGAGAAGGUAAACUAAUUAUGGCUGACACAAUUAGAUUGCCUUUCUCUAUAAAAGGAAUGCCAGCCAUGAUCAUUAAUAUUAAACCAAAUAUUUGAAAUCAGAGAUAAAGAAAGGUGUAGCUUCUUAGGCCCUAUCAAAUCAGGGACAGACUGAAAGAAAUGUUACAUCACUUCUCUUUUCUAGUUGCCAAUCGUGUGGGGGCUGGUGUGUGUGUAUGUACAACAUACGUAUUCAGGGUAGCUUUUGAGACGCUUACACUAGAGCUGUAGAUGAUGCAUUGGCGUUCUUAAUCUCCAAAAAAGAGAAGCAAUAAAGAUGUAGAAUGAUUAUCAGGAGAACAUGACUUUUGUAAACUGUGACUAGAGCAUUGGAAACGUAAGGGUCAGUUUAGAAGAUUUAUGGGCCAGAUUAUUUUUGACACCUAUUUUGAACAAUGAGGAGAGUACACUUUGCCAAUCAUAAAUUGUUAUCCUGCAAUGGGAGUAACAUGAAUACACUCAAGUUUUGGCUCAGUAAAUAUCAAUGUUAUUUAAUUUAGAUUAUCAAAAGAAUAUGUAAAAAGAAUAUAGUCAUGUUCUUAACAUUAUCUUUAAUUUUUCAAAAAAAUUAGAAGUAAUAGUACUAGAAGAGAAUUUCUGAUUAUCCAAGUUACCAUCUUUCAUGGUCCACCCUGUGUUCUUUCAACAAGCACAAAGAGAAGCAUUGAGGCAGCCUUACCUGUUUCUCAUAAAGAAUCACUAAUGCUUUUACUUGGAGGAAGGCAAGGGAACACCCUUAGGCAUGUAGUAAACACUCAGCUAAACCAAAAGACAUCAGAGUGUGAUUGGUUUCAAGAACCAUCAUAUGUCUUGGUUUCCGAGACACCUGAGCAGUCAUGACAAAUUGAACAUAAAAAAACAAUUGAUUGCUUUCCUAUUAAAACCAGCAUUCCAUAUAGGUUUUAUUCUUUAUUUUCCCUAAUUUGGUGCUUUCCAAGUCAUCUUUAAAGUGCCCUUUCUCCAAACUUAAAAAAUACUUCUUGAUAAAAACUAUUCAUUAAAACAUUCCAAUUUUUUAAACUUAAAUUUUGCUUUUACUGAAAGUCUACCAUUUGGUAUAUUAAGUAUGAAAUGUAGUGCAGACUUAUCCAGGUUUUAAGUGGGACUCAAUGAUGAAAAAUGCCACCAGCCGCUUUUGUAAUAAUGGCAUCUACAAUGCCAUCAUGUAUGCAAGCAAUAAAAUUCUUCAGGGUAUGUUUUUAUACUGAAAUUUUAAUAUGAAUGCCCCUAGCCACAAGGAUAUAGAGAAUUAACUUUUAGAAAUGAUACUAUAACUCAAAAUGCUGGGUAUAGGGAAGGGAAUGGGGGGCAUUAUUCCUUGGAUUCAAGUAAGUGUCAAAAGCAUUUUUCCUUUUGCAAAGGGUAUGGAUGGUGAGAGAAUUAAGCACAUCUGCACUACUUUAUCCAGCUACAUUCAUUUUCCAUGAAGUUUAAUACAACAUACAGGUUGGUGUACUUACCUGCAUUGGGUGACCUACCCCAAUUUAAAAAAAAAAAUAUUCCAACCUAAAAAAUUACUAAACUUUUUACAAUAACUAACCUUUUAAAUGUGCCCUGUCCCCAUAUAUAAAUACACAUUUGGAUUUUUUAAAGAGUACUUGUCGUAGUCAUAAGUAUAUAAACCACAAUCUUCAUAGUACUGCAGGGUUGUUAAAGAUUCAUUGAUGCCUUCUAAAAACCUUAUAUCAAAAAUACUUCCAUGAGUUCACAAUUCUGUUUUACGUUUUCUUGUCUACUUUGUGGAAACAGGGUAGAUUUUUUUUUCCUUUCAAAGUUUAGAUCCCAUUUCUGAUUAUAGUUAAAGCCUUAAGUUCUUAUUCUGAGAAUAUUGUCUGUAAUAACUCUAAUAAUGAUCUUUCUGGACUAGAUAUACCCAGAGGAAAAGGCACCAACAGGAGCAAAUAAACUUCUGAGGAACAAAAGUCUUAUUUUUUGCAGGUAUCCUUGCUAUAAUGCAGAAUAGAAGAUUAAUUAAAAUUUCCUACAUCAUAUGAUGUUUGUGUUAGCGGGUCUGAGAUUAAGCACAUGGUAUUUAUAAGCUAAAAUUAAUUCAAAAGGCAAGAAUGUCUUAAUGUUUUCAUUCUUCAAUUUUGUAUUCUUCAAGAAUGUAAUAAUAUAAAAACUGUGGCUAACCAGUUCUUAUUCUAUAGAACUGUAUUGACACCUGUAGUGGAUCGUGUUACUUCUUCAUUCUCAUCCAAUUUUAGUAGAAUCAAAUUGCUUUUUAUUUUCAUAUUACUAUUUACUAUAGAUUCUUCAGAUUUAGAAAAUGAGUAUGAUAUAUAAAGACCACUAGAUAUGUUUUUAAAACCCUUUGUGUGAAUUUAUGCAUAUAUGUAUAUAUGUAAAAACAUUGUUGAUUUCCAAUUCUGUUUUUCCAUAGGAAUGAAAUUUUUAUAGAAAAUGUUCUUUUUAACUUAAAUAUUUUAACAUAAAUUAUUUACAUGAAUUUUUAGUACAAUUCAUCCUUAUGUGUGCCCCGUAAUCAUGUUUUCAUGAGAUUACUUUCUUUACUGAUACAGUAAAGAGGAAUAAAAAAUUAGGAACUGAAAUAAGCAAGAGUGAACAGAGAGGUAGACAGAAAGAGAAUGCUGAUCACCAGAUUAGAGUGGUAUAUGUUCAGACAAGAGAAAAAUACUUGAACUGCAGAAGGGAUAUGAACUAUAAAAUAGAAAUCUUUAUAAUUGCAUACUGAUGGGAUCUGUGGCACCCAGGCCUUUUCUCCAUUAGUUACUUUUUCCUUUAGGCUUAAAAUACUCUCAUUCUAUGGGCCAUUUUCUGCACUGUUUACUGAGGUAAAAAAAUUCCUCUAAAGUCAAUCAUGGUUUUUCCACUUUUUGGACUGAGCAUUUGUCAGAAUGCAAUGUCUUUUCUGUGUUUUGAGAUGGACUAGCAUAUGGCUUCUACAAAAUAGUUUUUACUCAUUGGGGUCACUGAGAGUUACAUGAUGGUAUACUUCUUCCUAAAAUUUGUUAUGGUAGAUUUAGUGAGAAAUUAAAUCAAGAAGUCUCAUUGUAACAUAUUUUAAUAAGUGAAUACCAAAUACAUAGAGUGAGAUAUAUAUCAAUUUGGAAAGAAACACAAUAGUCUUGGGGACCAUUAUGAUAACAGAAUUGCAUUAUAUAUUACACAUGAUGUGGAUGUUGGAAUGUAUCAUUUGAGGGGGGUCUCCAUUCAUUAGCAAUCAUGCCUGUAUAUAAAACUUUUUUUUUAACCAAACUAGCAUUUUAUUUUGUGAGUGACAGUUGACUGAUAUUUUUGAAUAAGUGUUAUCUGGGUUUUAGAAUUGUUGACUGAUCAGUUUGAAAAGGUAUGUUACCAGAAUUUUAGAGUUAACUCCAAUGUGAAAAAGUGUACACAAAAAGUAAUUCUUUUCUAGCUAUAUGAAUGUAAUAUACUUGCAUAUAGUGUAUAUAUUGUGUAACAUAUGUAUAUUUGGUCAUAAAGGCAUAGAAUUGGAAACAUUGUAAAAUUAAGCACUUUAAUUCCUAUUAAAUAUUAAGCAUUUGUAUCUUGUAAAUAAAUACAUCCUUAAAUGAA